UUAUAUAUUCUUGAAGAGCAACAAUUAUCACAUCAUAAUUCUGCUUCAGCUUUUGAGAGUUGUAUUGUUUUAGUUAUUUAGCCGAUUUAUGUUUGAAAAAAUGGAUUCUUUUUUUUUUUAAUUAUUUGCUAGUUUGAAAAAAAUGCAUUCUUUUAGCUGAUUGGAUUUUGAUACUUUUCUUAGCCAUCUAUUUUACUUCAUACAAUCAUGGCCCUUUCGCCUUGAACUUUCUUUAUGCAUAAUUUUUAAAUGCAUAAGGGAAUUCAUAUCAUACCAUGCUUGAUUCUUUUGGGAUUUUGGUUUUUCUGAUAUAUCUCUUCAGAAUUUUGCUAAGUUUUUCAUUUUAUCAUGCUGUGAGAGUUGAGUAGAUUGAGAAUUUUUCAAUAAAAAUGGUGGCCUAAUGCAUGAAGCUGCCACCAUUGUUCAUAGAGCCUUAAGAAAAAAUAGCACCAAGAUUCCAAGAACAUAUAUACUUCGUUGCGAACCGAGCUAGUAUCCAUUACUCAUGAGUUUCAUGGCAGGAUCUGAAGGCCAUACUUGGCAACCAACCAUGAGUGCAGAUACUACUGUAUCAAGUUAUUGGUUGAAUUGGAGGUUCUUUUUGUGUGUACUAUGGAUUUUCUCCUCUAUGGCUUUAGCAUCUUAUCUACUAUGGAGAUACGAAGGAUUCGAGCAAUCGGAGCCAGAGAGCACAGAUGAUCAGCCAGAACCGGCUUCAUUGGUUUAUGAAGAUGAAGCAUGGAAUACAUGUCUUAUUGGAAUUGAUCCUUCUUGGCUGCUAAGUUACAGAAUCAUUUCAUUUCUUGUGCUUUUGGCUUUGAUCAUCGCCAAUGUUGCGGCCGAUGGAGCUGAAAUUUUUUACUUCUACACUCAAUGGACCUUUGUUUUGGUCAUCAUUUACUUUGGGGUUGGAUCAUGUUUCUCCUUUUAUGGAUGUUAUUAUAAACAAAAUAAAAUUGAAGGUAGCACAGUGAAUCAUGCUUAUUUGGAUGCAGAGCAAGGCAUUCCCAAGAGUCCAAAUGUUCAUCAGCAUCCCCAUGCUCGCGAAAUUGCCGGUGCAUGGGGUUACAUUUUCCAAAUAAUUUUUCAGAUUUGUGCAGGUGCUGUAAUGCUCACUGACUCUGUGUUCUGGCUUAUCCUCUAUCCGUUGCUGACAGCCAAAGACUACAAUCUCGAUAUUUUUAUGUUUUUCAUGCACUCCAUUAACGUUGUUUUCGUGCUCGGUGACACAACACUGAAUUGCAUGAGAUUUCCAAAGUUUCGAUUUGCAUAUUUUAUGCUGUGGACGUGCAUAUUUGUGAUUUUUCAGUGGAUCCUCCAUGCUUGUGUUUCAAUGUGGUGGCCUUAUCCUUUUCUUGACUUGUCAUCCUCAUUUGCACCCUUAUGGUACCUAGCCGUGGCUCUAAUGCAUAUUCCAUGCUACGGCAUAUUCUCCAUACUAGUGAGGCUGAAGCAUUAUUGGUUAUCAAGAUCGUUUCCUGGGUCCUGCCGUUUUGUUCCCUGGUAGAACAUUAAUGAUUAAUCCACAAUGUUAAUCAACCAUUGGUCUUGGCCUUCUAUGGAUUAGGUUUAGGCAAUACCAUACGAUACACCAAAAAGAAUAGCAAAUUUUAAUAGAUUGUUCCAUUUUUUUUAGAUAAGGGACGAAAAUUUAUAUUUCAAAAUUAGUGUAAAUUGUUUUUCUAUUUCAAAACUAACUGUAUAUGAGUACGAUUUGAGUCUGAGCAACACUGUUCUGGAAUGAUGAGUUGAAUUUUAAUACAGUAAUAUAUAUCAAAACUUUG